CAUGCACUCCCCCCUGACAAACGCUUCACCAGCAGUAGACACAACGUGCGCUUCAGUAUACGGUGGACACCAUGAGACUGGUACUUCCUAACCCAGGACUGGAUCUCAGAAUCCCCAGGCAUGAAGAUCUGGAGAGGAUGGAAAAACAGGAGGCUGCAGACAGACCCAAGUGGGACAACAAAGCUCAGUAUAUACUAACCUGUGUGGGGUUCUGUAUCGGUCUGGGUAAUGUUUGGAGAUUCCCUUACUUAUGUCAGAGUCAUGGAGGAGGUGCAUUUUUGAUUCCUUACCUGAUUCUGCUGGUGCUAGAAGGAAUGCCUCUCUUACUGCUAGAGUUUGCUAUUGGGCAGCGCCUUAGAAAAGGCAGUGUGGGAGUGUGGCGGGCCAUCAGCCCAUAUCUGACAGGUGUUGGUAUUGGCUCCAUGUUAGUGUCCUUUAUGGUUGCCCUGUACUACAACACCUUAAUUGCCUGGAUCAUGUGGUAUUUCUUCAAUUCCUUUCAAGAUCCAUUGCCUUGGACUAAUUGUCCUCUCAAUGAAAACAGGACAGGAUUUAUACCAGAAUGCCAGCAGAGCUCCACGGUGGACUACUACUUUUACAGAGUCACUCUGAAUGCUUCUAACUCAAUAGCAGACUCUGGAGGACUCCAGUGGCCCAUUAUAAUAUGUCUGUUAGCUGCCUGGACAGUUGUUUGUAUCUGCUGCAUACGAGGGAUCAGUACUUCAGGCAAGGCAGUCUACAUCACAGCCAUCUUGCCAUACAUAGUGCUGGCCAUCUUCCUGAUCCGAGGACUGACUCUUAAAGGUGCCCUGAGUGGAAUAAAGUUCCUCUUCACACCAGAUGUGGAAGAGCUGAUGAAUCCAACUACUUGGUUGGAUGCAGGUGCACAGGUCUUUUAUGCUUUUGGCUUAGCGUGGGGAGGGCUGAUUUCCUUCUCAAGCUACAACCCUGUUCACAACAACUGUGUGCAAGACUCUGUGAUCCUGUCUGUGGUAACUGGCCUCACCUCAGUCUAUGCAGCCACAGUGACCUACUCCAUCAUUGGCUUCAGGGCCACUGAGAAAUAUGACACCUGUAUCAACGAAAACAUCAGGACGUUACUAAAUGGAUUUGAACUCCCUGAAGACAGCAUCACUGCCAGCAACUACAAUGCAGCCCUUCAUCAUCUGAACAGCUCCAAUCCAGAUACUGUUUUUGGACUGGACAUUAAAACCUGUGACAUGCAGAAACUCCUCAGUGAGGGAGUGGAGGGAACAGGUCUGGCCUUUAUAGUCUUCACUGAGGCCAUUACCAAAAUGCCGGGUUCCCCAGCCUGGUCUGUCCUGUUUUUUAUCAUGCUUCUCUGCCUCGGACUCUCAACACUUUUCGGAAACAUUGAAGGAGUCGUAGUCCCUUUGAAAGACUUUAAUUUAUUUCCCCAAAAAUGGCCCCAUGAAAUAUUGACUGGAGCAACAUGUUUUGUAUCCUUCAUCAUCUGCCUCCUGUUUGCACAACCAUCAGGAAUUUAUUGGUUAACUCUCUUUGAUAACUUUGCUGGAUCUGUUCCACUGCUGACCAUUGGAUUGUUCGAGAUGAUAGCUGUUGUUUACAUCUAUGGCAUUGACAGGUUCAACGAGGACAUAAAGUUCAUGGUUGGGCGAAAGCCUUCUAUUUUCUGGCAGAUUACGUGGCGAUUUAUCAGUCCUCUGAUUGUCCUGGUUAUUUUGGUUUUCUACCUGGUGACUCAAGCCCAAAAGCAGCUCAACUAUCUAGUCUGGGACAUAAAUUCUGAGAAAUUUCCAGCUUUGACAUCAAUACCCUACCCCUCAUGGAUCUAUGCUGUUAUCUUCCUCUUAGCAGGAGUCCCCAGCCUGGUAGUGCCUAUGUACGCAUUAUGUCGGCUGAUCUUUGUUUGCUACAAGAAAAAAAUGUCAUCCAGACUAUAAAUGAAUACAUCAGAGAACAAAGAAGAAUUCAGGAUUAUUUAACAGCGCGUCCUGCAUCCAGCAUCACGCCAAAACAUGUAUUAGGCAUGUUGGUCCAUGGUGUCACUCUUUGCAAGAGUGAAAUGGACACACGUGCAGUAAUUUGCAAUAAUGGCAGAGGGAGGUAUUUUAUCUCAAGACACCAUGAAAAUAAUCAUGGGAACGCAUUUGAACAGACAUUACUAACACAUUUAAAUGUAAACACACAUUAGCCACCUAGCUUAAUCUGGCUAAUAAAGGACCCUGGUAUACUUCAUACUUCACUUCAUUGUUCACUAGCGACUUCUUGGCCUUAAAUAUAUUAUCUCCCCCUGCUGGUACUGCAACAUCUGCACGGUGGACCCGCGUGUCUAUUGCAUUGCUGCUGUGAUACCGGGUUCAUUACGAAAUCUAUUAAGUGUUUGGUAAUAAUCAUUGCCAACAAAAAACCACAUUGACAGUGAAUUAUAGUUUGGUAAAUAGAUCUCAUUAGUCUGUGUAAUCGAUAUUUAUUUGAUAAAUUGUAUUUUGGAGUGGACAGCACAGCUGUGAGGUGAUUAGCACUGUUGCUUCAGAGCAAGAAGGGUUGGGUUAAAACUAUUAGGCUACUUCAGAAUAUAUUGCAUUGAAUUAUACUGAAUAUGUUACUUUCCAGACCUUUUGUUGAGGAUAUUCUCGAGCUACACCCCUGUAACUUCUUAUUACAUAUAUCCAUGUUAUAGAAGAAUAGUUUUUAACCUUGUAGAUUUGAGGAAACCUAUAAAAUUGAUGUCUGCAUGCACUUAAGCUGUUAUGAAGGCCCAACACUAAGAAGCUUUUUUUUAAGCUGACCCAUCUGUAUAUGUGUUUACACUGUCAUGUGAAUAAGAAACAAGCAUCGCACAGGUCAGAGAAAAACUAGAUAGACUUCAAGGAAUUAUAAGGGUAUGUAGUAGCCAGGUGCUGCUGAUCAAAUGCACUUGAUUAUCUGAUCAUCAGCAGCCUUGAUGCAUGCUCAAUUGUCAAGA